AUGGCGCAUCACUUGACGACGACAACAACAGAUUUGCUCUCAGUACAUACAAUAAAUACAUCAUCACUGCACGCACGACGGCCAAGUCUACAUACAUUGCCCGCAAUCCGGAACGAUAGAUCGGCACCUCUGCCCCUGUGCUGCAUCACGUUGCUCGACGCGCAUACCGACGGCCCAACCACAUCGACGCCCGGCGUCCCCCGCGUGACCUGCCGCCGAUUCCUAAAUUCGAGGACCCACCACACCUCCGGGUCUCCCUGUCAGCCUCCGUCUUCUCCGCCGCCGCCGUCGUCGCCUUCGCCUUGUCGCCUCCAAAGAUUCCAUUCAUCAAAACUACAUCUCCCCAAUCCUCGUCCACAGUGCUUGUUCUCAUCCAUCUCGUCUCUGUCUAGUCCCUCCCGCUUCGGUCUCGCUUCGGUUUCACCGUUUACUGCAUGCUGUAACACGCUCAUCUCUCCUUUCCUCCCCCCUCCUCCUCCUCCUCCUCCUCCCUCACCCGUUGGCUUGGCGUGAGAAUCAUCCCGGCCACCGUCUCGAG